AUGGCGUUCAAGUCUUGCCACCUGAGUUUACUUGGUGUGUUUGCCAGCAGUGUGCUUUUGGAUGUUGUGGAAGCCCGCCUUUGUUACUUUUACAACUACUAUUAUCGGAGCUACGACAUCUACUACUGCUCAUACUAUUUGUCUAGUGGUACCAUCGCGGGAGCGGUGAUUGGAACAAUAAUUGGCAUUGCAAUUCUCAUUGGACUAUUGGUUUUCUUUUGCUGUAUCAGACCACGCCGUAUGGCGGCACGUGGCACAGUACUCCAACCAGCUGGAACCAAUGUAGCAGUCGUUUCCACAACAACUGGUGUGCAAUAUGGAGGUGGUUAUGUCAACACAGCUGGUAACCCCCCGGGGACUCAGCCUUCCUACCCACAGUAUACAUAUCCUCCACAACAGCAAGAUCCCCAGACUGGAUACCAACCCCCUCCACCUUACAAAUAAACUAAACAGUGGAAGAGUUCUGUGUGACUAUCAACAAAGUACAUGUAUUGAACAAUUACACUUGUGUAAUCUCAAUCAUAUGAUUCAUUUUAUAUCUAUAUAAUAUUGUCCGGUAUAUAUUUUUAUAGAAUAACAAAUCUGUAGACAUUUACUACAUUUUACUUACGUCAUUAACAGAAUCAUCAUUAUUAUACUGAUUUGGCAGGUCUUAUCUUGAUAUACUUUUUUGAGAGAAAGACGAAGAGGUGCAAUGGAAAAAAAGUUUUCAUUCUGAUGUAAAUAUAUUAUUCAUUUUCCUG